AUGGUGAAAUUUGGAAUUGCAGUGGAUCUGUUUUUCUGUUUUUCUACAGUGAAGGCAAAGGAAAAGAAAGACGGACUUCAGUUCACUGAUUCAGUUCCUCCGAUUCCAUCACAUACCCACCGCUAUCACUGCUCGCUGUCUUGGCCUCGUAGGAAUGGCACGGGUAACAGACAUGGAGAAAUUGAAGGCAUUGACGUCAUCAAUCGAAACCCUAGGCCACCGAUUUCUACAACAAUGUUCCGUGAGUGGAACGGCGAAAGGAAAAGGGAAGGUGAAGGCUGGUGUAACCCUAAAGAGAUCAAAAAUCACUAUAAAGAAAGGUCAACAAGCACCAGAUCCGUCGCGACGAAAGGUCCGAGGAAAGGGCAACUGGAACAAAUGAUCGACGAUUGCUUGCAGGCGAAAGCACCGGUGAGGUUUCUGAAGCCUAAGGAACGUGAGAGAGAAGCCGAGAGGGAGAAAAUGGGAUUGGUUUCCGAAGAUAGGAAACAAGAGAUUGCGAAUUUUAAGAAAAACAAGAAUAAGGCGAAAGAUGAUAAUGAGCAGAAAUCAGGGAUAAGGUUUAUCGGACCUGAAGGUCUGGAUCUUGUAAGUUUAGGGGUUGUUGACGCUGAUAAGAUUCCGAAAUAUGAGUUGACAGUUGAGGAUGGGAGGAAGUUAGCUAAGGAGUAUGGCAGGGUUUUGAUGAGGAAGCAUCGAGCAAGGCAGGCAGCGGAGACAGGGUUGCUGAUGUGUAAGAAGGAGGCCAUUGAGGCGUUGCCGGAAGGUUUAGGUUUGAGAGAGGCGGCCUUGGUUCCUGAUUUGACUCCGUUUCCGCGAAGAGGCAGAGCUCAGUUAAGGGGAAGCUCAGAUGAGAUGAGGGGAAAGGUGGUAGGCUGAUUUUGGAUCUAAUAUGAGAAGGUUACCAUAUGAAUGUACUGUGAGAUUUGAAGCUCAUGUCGAUUCUGAUUUUCUAACAUCUCUUUCAAUGAAAUGAAAUAAAAAGUUAGUUAUGAUUUUAAUUUAAUUUAUUAUAGUUCUGAAAUAAACAUUAAUUUGUUAUUUAGUCCCAUUUAAAGAAAAAUAAAAUAAAGGUAG